AAAAAAAAAAGGGGUUUGAUUGAAAAAAUGGGCUUUUUCAGCUUCAUCUUUCUCAUUACAGUUCAUUUCAUCAUUUGCAGAGCUCUUCAGUCUGAAAGUAAUAAUGAGAGCCCAUUUUCUUACAAUGAAGGAAGUGGUAAAGGACCAAAGAAGUGGGGUCACAUUGACCCACAUUGGAAAAUUUGUAACAAUGGAAAAUUACAGUCUCCCAUUGAUCUUCUUCAUCAAAAGGUUCAAGAUUUUCCCAAUCUUGGUGAAUUUAAAACAGAUUACAAACCAGCUCCUGCUACUCUCAUAAAUAGGGGACAUGAUAUUACAGUGAAAUGGAAAGGUAAUGCUGGAAAAAUUAACAUCAAUGGGACUAACUAUGAAUUGUCACAAUGUCAUUGGCACCAUCCUUCUGAACACACAUUCAAUGGAUCAAGGUUUGAUCUUGAGCUUCACAUUGUUCACUUAAGCUCUAGUGGAGAUAGAGCUGUUGUUGCAAUUACUUAUAAGUAUGGCCAACCAGACCCUUUCCUUACAAAGCUGUUUGAGCACAUUAAAUCAGUGGAUACAGAUCUUGAAGAGAAGGAUUUGGGAAUUAUUAAUCCAGAAAUCAUUAAAUUUGGAAGCAAAGAGUAUUACAGAUACAUUGGUUCACUUACAAUCCCUCCAUGCACAGAGGGAGUCAUUUGGACUAUAUUCAGAAAGGUUAGAACAGUUUCAAGGGAGCAAGUUUGUGCACUAAGGAAUGCAGUCCAUGAUGGUUUUGAAGUAAAUGCAAGGCCAACUCAGCAAUUGAAUGGAAGGCCAGUGUGGAUGUAUACUCCAAGAGGAGGCAAUUGAGGUUCUACUUAAGCUUAAGUGGAAAAUAGGGAGAGAGUACAUUUUCACACAUGUCUAUAUAUAUAUAUCAUAAAUAUGAAACAUGCUAUGGUUUAUUUAUUUACAAUUCAAUCUUAAAUAAUAAUUAAUCCAAUAAAAAAUACAAUUUGUGAUGGUUGUUAAUCAAAAUUUAAAUUUUGUUUUUUUAAAAAAAUAGUCAAAUAAUUAAGUAUUUUACUUAAGCUUUCAUUAAGUUUAGAAAAUGAUAAAAUUAAAUAUGUGAGGACGUUUGCAUU